AUGUCCGGAACCGCCCCGAACGAUACCGCGCCCGGCGACCCCGCCGCCGCCGACGACGGCAUCCAGCAGUCGUCCCUGGGUGACGCGAACCAGCACGAAAGAGAGAGAAAGAGAGACCAAGGCACUAAUUACGCGGGUGGGUGCAGGAACGCCGUCGACGAGGCCAAGGACACCAACACCACCACCACCACCACCACUACCCACGACACGCUGGCCGCGGCGGGUCACCACGCGGGCGAGGCCGGCGACGCGGCCGACGGCGCGAAACACCACAAGGGCGCGCUAUCGGGCCUCGUGGACAACAUCGUCAACAAGGCGCUGGGCUUCGGCGGCGCGUCCGAGGCGGCGGAGCGCAAGGCCGAGGCGGACCACCACCACCAUCACCCGCCGGGCAGGCAUCCUUGA